UGGCCACAGACGACGAACUUGCUCGCGCAACACGUUCGUGCUCGCGCUAAAUUCGUCGUCUGUGGGGUUGUUCGCGAGCGGCACGCUGUUGCCGAAAAAUUUCGAUUUCAUCGUGUUCGCCGGUUUCAAUGUUCGUCGUCUGUGGCGAUGUUCGCGAGCAAAACUUCAUUUUAAUUCAGAUUUUCGUGGAGUGCACAUCGCGGAAGAAAAACAAUGGCGACAGUAAGCCGUGAUUUCAUUGAUGAAUUUAUUCAAAUUUUGCGCGGUGAAGAUGCGAUUUGGAAUUGUGUGUGUGACAAUUAUAAAAAUAAAAUUGAAAAAAAUAAAUCUUGGAACAAUUUACUAAAAAAAUAUAAAGAAAUAGACCAAAGUGCGACAAUUGACAGUGUGAAAAAAAAAUAUAAAUCUUUGCGUGCAUCAUAUAGGCGAGAACUUGCCAAAGUCAAGAAAUUUGAAAAAUCUGGUGCAGGUGCUGAUGACCUGUAUGUGCCAACCCUUUGGUAUUUCAACCAAAUGGAUUUUCUGCGAGACCAGGAAAUCCAACUGGAAGGAAUUAAUACGUUCGACAUGGAAAAUGACACAGAAACGGAACCGAAAGCAAAAAAACCGAAAAAGAUGGAGAACUAUUUUUUGGAGAAGGCUGUUUCCUUUCUGGAACAGCCCAAAACUAGCCAGGAAAAAGAUGAAGCUACCAUCUAUAGUGAGUCAUGGGCUGUAGGAUUUCGUAAAAUGGACGAGCGGCAAAAAUUGUUUGCCAAACGAUUGAUCGAUGAUGCCAUUCUUCAAGGACAACUUGGAAAUUUAAGUUCCAGAAGUUUUGUUAGCCUAGAAAGGCAAUCACUUCCUCAUUACAUGCAUCCCAGCAUCCAUUAUAGCCAUUCCAACUCCCAUUCCCCAAUAACAACAAGUACUCAGUACUCAGGACCACGUUCUCCAUUAUCCCCAGCACCGUUUCAUUAUCCCCAGCCCGGAGAAUCAAAUAUUCACAUAAUUUCAAACGAAAUAAUUCAGUCGCCAAUACAAAAACUAUUGAACGAUCCAGAAUAUCAGGAUUAUGAUUAA